AUGUUAUCCGUUGGUGAGGUCCUAGGCCGUAUUGUUUGUAAAGUGGUAGUUUUCUUUUUCGAGGAUUCAUCGAAAAGGACUCCUCCAACACGUCAAAGUGGUCGGCUUGACCUAGCGUCUCGCAUGACCCCAUGGCUUGAUGAAACAUCGAAUACGCAACGCUGUCGGGCGGGACUGCCUUUUCUUCCUCGGUUUUUUCAUGUUUUAUUAUUAUAUCUUCUCUGCAAAGUUGUCACAUGGCCAGGAGCGUUGACGAAGAGAUGGAUUUUCGAAAAUUUUCUCGGCAGAUAUAGCAUACUGUUGCAAGAUACAGCGUUUCAUAUCCGGAAAGAAAGGUUGGUUGGUGAGAGGAUGGCUGAUUUCGAAAUUGAGGAGGUUUUUGAAGAGGAGUGGCAGUCAUAA